CCCAAAACCUUUGCAUUUUGUCCUUUCUCACUUUUCCCCGUUGUAGAUAUCCAAGAAAAAAAAUAGGGUUUUAGAGAGAAGAGAAAACAAAGAGAAAGGAGCAAAACCGGGAAACCUGAAUUUUUAGGGAUUUUUUUUAAAAAAUUUGGUGAGAGAAAGAUAAGAUGGUGGCGGACAAAGGAAAGAAGGUGAAAUUAACAGAGAAAGGAGAAGAAGAGAACUCUGAACAAAUCGAUAAAGACCUCGUCCUUUCCAUUGAAAAGCUUCAAGAGAUCCAAGAUGAGCUUGAGAAGAUUAAUGAGGAGGCGAGUGAGGAAGUCUUGGAAGUGGAGCAGAAGUACAAUGAGGUACGCAGACCAGUCUAUGAUAAACGGAAAGACAUCAUUAAAAAGAUCCCUGAUUUCUGGUUAACAGCUUUCUUGAGUCAUCCUGCUCUUGGUGAUCUUUUGACUGAAGAGGAUCAGAAGAUAUUCAAGCAUAUUACUUCACUUGAAGUGGAGGAUUUUAAAGAUCUGAAAUCCGGGUACUCUAUUACAUUUAACUUCAAUCCCAAUCCGUAUUUUGAAGAUUCAAAGCUUACAAAGACCUUUACCUUCCAUGAUGAAGGAACUAAAAUUACUGCCACACAAAUCAAGUGGAAAGAAGGCAUGGGCUUGCCAAAUGGAGUUAAUCAUGAGAAGAAAGGAAACAAGCGGCAACUUGCAGAAGAAAGUUUCUUUACCUGGUUUACUGAUGCUCAUCAGAAAGAUGACAUGGAUGAAAUUCAUGAUGAAGUAGCAGAGAUUAUCAAGGAGGAUUUGUGGCCCAACCCACUCACUUAUUUCAACAAUGAAGCUGAUGAAGAGGAUUUUGAUGGUGAUGAAGAGGGAAAAGAUGAUGACGAGGAUGAUGAUGAUGAUGAAGACGAUGACGAUGACGAUAACUAAAUUCGCUGCUGGCCUUUUAAUCAUACUUGUUGCUUACCUUGCUUUAAGUAAGAACUUAGUGUAAAGUUGUCUCCUAGAUGCUGUUGUUACGGGGAGGAUAACCAAAUUCAAGAUAGCUUUCUUUGCUUUAUAAGCAGCUGGCAUUGACUCAUUUAUCCUUGCCCGUAUCAUUUACCUUUUUUCAGGUUUUCCUCCCUGCGGGUGUCAAGAAAUUUUCUGCAUAAUAUUGGAGUUCUGGUCUUCAUCUAUAGUUUUGUUUAAUUAGCGUGUAAAAUGCAGAAUAGAUUAUUUUUGUUGCUAUUUAGCUGACAUAUGAAUUUAUCAAUGAUUAAUUUGUGAUAUAUUGGUAAAA